GCUGAAUCAUCAUCUGAGAUGGAAAUCAUCCUGGGUGGAAAUAUCUUUCCAAUUCAUUCUCGAGUUUAUAUUUAAUUUGAAUCAUGGAUAUAGCUGCAUUGAAACUUUUUGAACAUGUUCCAACAUUAACUGAUAAUAACUGGCCAAUUUGGAAAUGGAAAGUAGAAUUGGCAUUAAAACAUAUGGAAAUGUGGCCAUUGGUGAACGAUGGUGAUUUAUCACAACCAAAUGAUGAUAUUAAAAUACGUUCGUUAAUUGGUCUUUGGGUCGAUGAUUCUUUAGUACCAUUAAUCAAAGAUUGUAAAACUUCUCAUCAAAUGUGGACAACAUUGACUGAACAUUUCGAAAAUGAAGUACAACCAUCAACUAGUACAACAAAAUUGCUUUCCAAUCCAGAAAAAAAUUCAGAAUCCAAAAGCAUUGAAAAACAAGAGCCAAAAAUACGGCUAAAAUGUAUUUUCUGUGAACGUGAUGGCCACAAUGAAAAACAAUGUUGGCGAAAAAAACGACUAGUACACAAAUUGAAACCUGAAGGUUGAAAUUACAAUUUUUUUUUGAUUUCAUGAUCUCAUGGAAAAUAAACACUUGUUUGAUUAUAAUUAAUUCCAAUCAAUGAUUUUAAUAUAUAUAAAUCAAUUAUAAUAUUGCUGAAAUUUUGUCAAAACAAUUAUUUGGCUACGUUUAAAUAAAUAAAAAUUUAAAA